AAGAAAUGGGGCUUUUUUUUAAAGGGCUGAUUGGUUGUCAAGAAUGUAUUUUUGUGUUGGUAAUUUUAAGACUCCCGGAUACGAGACGCGAGUCGUUAUUACAGCGACGGGGGGGGGGGGAUUUGUUCGGCUCCGUAUUUGGUUGCAGCACAAAAAUGCAUUCUUGACUCGGCUUGCAUGGAGGAUGCUGGGAUAACAUCUGCAACUCAUGAGGGCUCCGGCUGAAGGGUCUUUUCUCCGGUGACCUCGGGCUCUGAGGCUUAUCUUUGUUUGUUAGGACUUGUUUUUGAAUUUAAAUGACGUUGCAUGAAUGAUAUUAUUGAAUGUUUAUGUGGAUUUUUCUGCUUGUGACUUGUUUUUAUCUUCUGGCUUCUUUCCUUCUUAUAUUUCCUUUCUUUUUGCCUACUUAGUCCUUUGUUAAUGAUUUAAAUUGAACACAAUAUGACCUCCAAUCUCCAACUAUUUUGAUAAUCUAUUAAAAUUCUCUUGUUCCAGCUUCUCAAAUGUGAAUAUUUUCUCAUUUCUUUCGUCUUCUAUGACAGUAAACUGAAUAUUUUUGGGACAUUUGUCGACGUCACCUUGAGUUUUGGGAAACAAAGCGACAUUUUUAACCAUUUUCUGACAUUUUAUGGACCAAACAACUAAUCAAUGAAUCAAGAAAAUAAUCUACAGAUUAAUUGAUAAUGAAAAUAAUCGUUAGUUGCAGCUCUAAACAAUUCUGAUAAUAGAUUAAGUGCUGAAAGGCAUUCAUGAAGUAAAAAUGCCAAAUGCUCUCAUGUUCCAGCUUCUCAAAUAUUGAUGUUUUAUUUCUUUUUUUUUAAUAUAAUUGAACUCAAAUUAAAGAGUUAAUGAAUAUUUACAGUAUGUGGAAUGUGGAAAUCAGUGCUAUCAGUAGUGUCUGUGAUGCAUGAGUGGAGAAUGUGUGUGUGUUGUAAGGUGCAUGAAGGCAAAGCAAAGAACUAAAGCAGCAUAACCAAAACAAUCAGGCGCCUGUGGGAGAGAGACGACCUGCAGCAGCUGCAGAGAGAGAGAGAGAGAGACAGAGAGAGAGAGGCUUAAAUAACCAGGGAACACGCCGCGGCCCCUCAGGUGUUCCAGGUUACACUAACGAUCCACCUGCAGAGUGAACAGAGACAGCUGACGGGUCGUCUUACAACACGAUUAAUAGUCAGCAACUCUACCCAACACCAGGAAGUCUACACAAAUCACCAUAUUUGUGAAGGACCAUCACCAUCCUCAUGUCCAAUGGAGGAGGCUUUUACGGACGCACUGAGCAUGUCCGCCAGGCGCCCCACUAUGACCAGGUUCCCCGGGAAACCUUAUCACGAUCAGACUCGUACGAUCUGCAUCCUCCCUCGCUGAGAGAGCAAACGUCGGCUCGUCUGGCUCAGAGCGCCGACCCGCUCCCUCCUCCUCCUCUGCCCGACCAACCUCCCGUGGGGCCCGAGUUCGACCCCAGCGGCAGUGAGGACAACGCCGACCCCGCCAUCGACAUCAAACCGGUCCACCGUUUCAUCCCGGACUCCUGGAAGAACUUUUUCAGAGUAAGCAACCGCAGCAGUAAGAAGGCGUGGUCCAUGCCUGCCUCGUCUUAUAACAACAACAACAGCACCUCUGACGGGGUGCGCUGCUCUCCUCCGCACUCUCCGUCUGUUCCCGGAUCAUACCGGGAUCCCUAUGGGGGCUCAGGCAGCAGCUACAACUCCCGCAAGGAGCUUCUGGGAGCUCGGGACGCCCACGAGUCCGUGUCAGGGCGCACCUAUCACACAGGUCUGACCUACAACGAGCGAGUGGAGGAGUACCAACAGCGCUACGCCUUCAUGAAGUCCUGGGCGGGUCUGCUGAGGAUUCUGGGUUGUGUGGAGCUCCUGCUGGGAGCGGCUGUGUUCGCCUGCGUCUGCGCUUACAUCCACAAGGACAACGAGUGGUUCAACAUGUUUGGAUACUCGUCUCCCGGAGGAGGAGCGUACGGAGGAGGUAUAUACGGUGGCGUAACGGGAGCGAGCUACUACUCCGGACCCAAGACCCCGUUUGUGUUGGUGGUGGCGGGGCUGGCCUGGCUGGUGACUGUGAUUUUGUUGGUUCUGGGGAUGACCAUGUACUACCGCACCAUCCUGCUGGACUCGUCCUGGUGGCCUCUGACCGAGUUUACCUUAAACCUGGCGCUGGCGGUGCUGUACAUGGCAGCAGGCAUUGUUUAUGUGCGAGACACGACUCGCGGAGGCCUCUGCUCCUAUCCCGUCUUCAACAACGGCAUUAACGGGGCGUUCUGCCGCACCGAGGCGGGUCAGACCGCCGCCAUCAUCUUUCUGUUCGUCACCAUGGUUGUUUAUCUGAUCGGAGCCAUCGUGUGUCUCAAGCUGUGGAGACAUGAAGCGGCACGCAGAUACCGGGAGAGGUACGGCCAGGAGUUGACACAGAUGGAGCCCUCCGAGUUGCGAGCUGUACAAUCGUUGAUGGCUGCACCCAAAGCUCCAGAACAGGUUCAGGGCUCCUCAGUGGUUCCCAUCCAGGCUGCACCUGCACCGAAAGCAGGACCUCCGAAGGUUGUGCAGGGCGGGAUCCCCUCAGGACACAUUCCCAAACCUGUUAUUGUGCCCGACUACAUUGCUAAAUACCCAACGAUCCGGUCGGAUGAGGAGCGGGAUCAGUACCGAGCCGUGUUUAACGACCAGUACGCAGAGUACAAAGAGCUCCACUCCGAGGUGCAGGCUACCCUCAAGAGGUUCGACGAGAUGGACGCCAUGAUGCGCGGUCUGCCGCAGCACCCGACCAGCCAGAUGGAGGCUGAUCGCAUUAACAGAAUCCUUCAGGACUACCAGAGGAAGAAAAAUGACGUUACAUUCCUCGAGAAGAAGGAGCGCUGCGAGUACCUGAAGAGCAAACUGUCGCACAUCAAACAGAAGAUCCAAGAAUACGAUAAAGUCAUGGAGUGGAACGACGGAUACAGCUAAACCUCUGUGGCGUCAACCCACUGGACACAAAUACAGAACUACUGUUGACAGCUGGUGGUGUGAAAAAAAAAAAAAGACAUUUUAACUGGAGAGUUGAACGCCAGUCAACACUAAGGAGCAUCACAGGGAAAUCCAGCUCGCUUUCAAAAUCUGUCCAACAAACGUUUUAUCAGCAAGUUUUUGCAUGUCUGCGUUUAUUAAAGCCCACAAGUUAAAGGGUUGAAUGUUUUACACUUAAAAUGGUCCAAAGAGCUCAAUAUAUGUGUGAUACUGUGACUGUAAUUGUAGCUGAAACACAACACUUAAUUUUUUUUUUUUUAUAAAUGACACUGGUAUCCGAUCCGUCUGUCAGUUUAGAGGAGAUAGAAGAAGCAUAUAGAGGAAAAAAUGAGAGAUGCUGCUUUAUGUCUGUCAAGGUUUACCUUCUCUAAUAUGGCGCCUAACUACUGUUCUUGUUAGUCUUUGUUCUUGUUAGUUUUACAACUUCCCAGCCCGAUAAAGGACCAGUGUGUCGAAUUUAGUGGCAUCUAAUGGAACGGACUUGGCAGAAAUGG